CGCCUUGCAAGCAUGAUGUUGUUCCGAAAUCCAAAAUGGGACUUAAGCUGAGCUCAUAAACCAUCACUUCAGGAUCGCUGUACGGCACUUCGGUUCUCCCUAAGCUCUAAACACUUCGGCUGCACGAUUUCUUUCGUCGGCACACUCAACGCUGACGACUAUGAUGCAUUAUGACCAUCAUCAUCACCUCUCUGGCGGCGCCAUUGCAGGGAUUGUAGUAGGCGUCGUCAUAUUCUGCUUGAUCUUACUCGCAUUUUUCAUUUACGCCUUCAUGCGCGAUUGUCGCCGUCGUCCAAUAACUGGGCCGGGGCCCGUACACGGCUCUCCGAUUAUAUACGGCACCGAGCCACUGUAUCCUGUCAUCAGCCGGCCCUGGAUGUAUCGCCCAUGGCCUGGAUGGCGGAGGCUGAGGCAUGAAGGACCGCCUGUGUAUACGUAUGGCGGCCCUUCGCCAGCGUACCCUGCGGACAGUACAGCGGGACGUGGGGCCGUCCCAAAGCCAGGAGCAGACGCACAGCCCGCUCAUGUGCAGUAGGCUCGAAAUUGUGCUGCGCGGGAGCAUCAGCACGGCAUUCGCAAUCUCCACAAAUAUGAUCAUAAUCUACCCCUCUUCAAUCUAUCUCUCCCAACCGG